AUGUCUCUCAUCAAAAACCAUACAAAGGUAACUGAGUUUGUCCUCUUGGGAUUAGUGGACAGCCGUGAAAUGAAACCACUGUGCUUUAUUGUGGUGUUAAUUAUGUAUUUAGUGACCCUGAGUGGGAACAUUGGGAUGAUCAUAUUAAUCAGGGUCGACCCUCAACUCCAGAAGCCCAUGUAUUUCUUUCUCAGCCAUUUGUCCUUCUUAGAUUUUGGAUAUUCCUCAGCCAUUGCCCCUAAAAUGCUGGAUAAUUUUUUAGCAGAGAAGAAAACCAUUUCCUAUCCAGGCUGCGCUGCACAGAUGUAUUUCUUUGUCUUCUGCGCAAGCACUGAGUGCAUCCUCCUGGCAGCAAUGGCAUAUGACCGGUAUGUGGCUAUCUGUAAUCCUCUCCUGUAUAUGGUUAGUAUGUCUCCCAAAACAUGUGCCCUGAUGGUGGGCAGUUCCUACCUUGUUGGCUUUGUGAACGCAAUGACCCAAACAAUUUCCACUUUCAUGCUAUCUUUUUGCGGCUCCAUCGUCAUCAACCACUACUUCUGCGAUGUUCCCCCUCUGUUAGCUCUUUCCUGCACUGACACGAGCAUCAAUGAAAUGGUGCUCUUUGUAUUUGCCGCAGUCCUGGGCAUAUUCACUUCAGCAGAAAUUGUGGUGUCAUAUGCAUUCAUCCUGUCUGCAAUCUUGCGGAUCCACUCAACUGAGGGGAAGCAAAAGGCUUUUUCAACAUGUGCCUCACACCUGGUGGCUGUUACCAUCUUCUAUGGAACGACGGUCUUCAUGUACUUGCGGCCUCGUUCUAGCUAUUCCAUGGACCGGGACAAAUGGGCUUCUGUGUUUUACACUGUGGUGAUUCCCAUGCUCAACCCCCUGAUCUACAGCCUGAGGAACAAGGAAGUGAAAAAUGCCUUGAGAAGAAUUCAACCACAGGAAUUAUCUUUCAUAAGGGGCAUGAGAAGCUCAUAAAUACUAAAC